AUGUCUGCCUUCAUCCUGCACAUAGUGAUUGUGCAGCUCAAAAAUUCGAUCCCUUCCUCAGAGCGCAAGAAGAGCUUUGAGAAGGACUGGAUAAAAGAGGUUGAGGACCGAUGGAUGCAGUGGCGCAAGUCGAGACCGACACAAUCACAGUAUGCUGAACAGCUAGAGUGGGAAGCACACAUCGUUCAGUAUGUGAACACCAUCUACAAGUUAACAAAAGUACACGGCAACUCGAAGACUGCAACGAAUCUCAGCCUUCGGCACGAGAUUCCACUCUAUGGCCCUCAUUUCACUCCACCAUCCUACAGUGACCUGUUUAUACGUGACGCAACACCAGCCAUUGUUCCCGGCAGUGCAUAUCUCAAGCCACUCACUGUUAUCCAUCCAUUUUACUUUUCCGAACUUGCCAAGUGUCCCCAGUGCGACUCCGAGGAUAUUCAAUGGAACGGCUGGACGCCAACAGGACAUCGUGAAGUGCAUGGCCUUUUCCGUGAGGAGACAGCCCUGGGAUUUCAGCUCCGAUGUCAGUCCUGUGCGAAGCACCAUGGUGCACAUGGUGCAGGAAACGAACAGGGUAAAUAUUGUUUCUCGACAACGGGUGACCUAUUCUGGGAGAGACGAGAACAUUGGGACAUACCUGUCGGCAUACCAUUCUGCUUAAGGCGAUGCACGGUCACACGUGACCUGUUCGACCUCAUCAUUGAGCUGCGUCCAUCGACAACGGCUGCUGGACUCGCAGAGAAUGUCAAGCAGCUUCAUCUGCUUGAGUACAACAAGCAGAAAAUGGCUUACCUUCGUAGUUUCCAAGCUCGAAUCAACAAUAGGCAGAGCCUUGUCGACCCUAAACCACUGGCAAUAUUCUCAAAGCCUGGAGGUGCCAGUUACAGUGACCAAUCGAUCACAGAUGAUCUGGUCACAGACGUAUUCAAUAAGUUCAACGAGAAGACACGACAAGCUGAAUCAAAUGAUUACCUUUGCACAUUGAGCGCUACCUGCAUCUCACUCGACAACACGUUCCGGACAGCCAGUAAGGCAACUGUGACCGACGGCAAGAAACACAAGGCGAAGAUGCUGAAAGGAGGGAUUUUGAGUGUGAUAAAUGAGGACAACGAGAUCAUCAGUUGGCGCUUCUGUCAUACACAGCAGGGACUUGAGAUUGAGGAGACACUCGUUGGCUUGAAGGGCCGUCUCAAAUUGCUUGGCGAGCCGGAUCCAUCAAUGGCCGUCGUUGAUAAUUGCUGCCAUGUCAGCAAGUUCAUCCAGCGCCCCUUUCUGGAUACUCAGGUUGUCUUAGAUGUUUGGCAUUUCAUCAAGAGAUAUUUGAUCUGCAUCAUCAAUGGCACAAGAAAUGCACUGUAUAUGGCCGUAGCUAGCGACCUUGUCAAUGCGAUCCUCAAGACCCGGGCUGACAAGCACGAUAUGGCUGUUUAUUGGGGUCAGCGAGAACAGGAGAGGAGACUAGUGGAAGCAUAUGAAAAAUGGCUGGAUAAGGGCGAGGUGCACGAAGAUCAGCUGGGACAUGUGAAGAAAGGCUGCUUGGCGCGUGUGCGUCAAGAUGUGCUAUCCGAUGGGAGUCGUAUUGAAGGUACUCACAAAGGAUGGAAUGGACUGCAACGUUCAUUCGUGAGCAGCAUCGAAGUUUUAACCGCCUUGCGCCAUGACUACAUCCUGCGCCGCAAUCUGUGGAACACCCUGCUGGAGCAGCCGGACGAUGCGUGCAGCAAAGCGGGUCGCCUCCGUAGAUUGCCAGAACUCAAAUUAGUGGCAAGCGGUGAGAAGUUUGGCCUUGUCAGUGCGAAGUGUGUCCAAAACUACCAAAACCUCAUCGAGAUCAAAGAAGAGCCUCGCGAGGACCUAACUGACCUCUCGUCCCUCCAAGGCACUGCGAAAUUUGACACCAUGCUCCAUGAGCUGCAGAUUGAUCCUGCGCUCCUGCUGCUCCCUGCACCUUCACGAGAAUCCAGUCAAGCACCACGUAUGCUCAAUCUGCCGUGCAGCGGCAAAACUCUGCGAUCAGCAGAUGCUACACUACCCUCUCCUUUGACAUCAAACUGCGAGUCUAUGGUCACAGAGAACAUUGCCGAAGCUACCACCAAAGCAAAACACUCACCUGUCAUGGCACCAGCCAAGGCUUCAGCAGUGAAGGAGGGUGAUAAUGGCAAUGUCAUGCCAGUAGUGAUGGAUGGUAUGGGUGCACCGAGUUCCACUCCCUGUGCACGGCUCAGCGCAGGGCGCCCAUCAUGCGAAGUUGAUUCAACAGUCCCAUUGAAGUGCAAAGCAGACAUGGACAGCACCAGAGAUCACACUAGCAUGUCAGCUGAGACUCAUGCAGGCGCUGUGCAGGGCAAGAAAAAAUCGAAGGUUGCAGUUUGUGAUGACGAGCCCCGCGCUGCACUCCUCGGAGGACAUCCAAGUCAACCACCCACCAUUGUUGCAGCUGACAUAGGGAACCCUCUGCGACCCGGGAUAGGGUCCACUCUCAUCAGCUUCUUCAAUACCACUCGUCCUGCGGCUGCUGCAAAAGCACCAGUUCCCUCCCCAGCAUGCACUCUCCCCUUCGUGAACAUUACUGGACUCACAGCCUCACAACGUCUCUUCUCCGUGUCAACCAGAGUUCCCAUUCAGUCCCUGUCCAUCAACAGCAAUGAUGAGUUCCAUCUGUUCAUGAAGCUACGGGCUGAGAAGAAAUGGGCCUCAUUCUCCAUGACACCUCGCAAAUGGGUGCUUGCCGCCAGUGAAUACAAUGUCCGACUUGAAGACUUCCAUCGCGAGAGAGGCCAGCUGCAGCUGAUGGUGCGGACAACCCCACGCACCCUCAUGGAGAAACUCGGUGAGAUCGAGCCGAAGAUAAUCACUCGGAUUGUGUCGGAAAACUAUACAUGUUGA